AUGCCUGCGCUCGAUUCGAUAGAAAGACCGAUCGGGUUUCAGCAACCAUAUGGGUUGACCAGGACAUCAAUAUUCAAGUUCCCGCAUAAACGGCACUCCCGGCAAGCCGUGUCUAGUCAAGAUUCUGGUCGCAAGUGGCGUUCGGGCCGAAUCUUUGGGUUGGUUAAAAGCAAGCACAACGAUCCACCGAAAAAUUCUGUGUUGGCGACAAUGACGGGCCACUCCGCUUUGUACUCGGCACUGGAUGCCGGAUCCCUCAGGAACGAGCCAAUGAGAGAGGCGGGUUGA